AUGCCCCUCGCCAUAGGAAGAAAUAAAGAGGCAAGAGGCGUUAAAUCUGAAAACCAAAUCCAGCAAUAUGGAGAAGUGAACCAACUAGGAGGAGUGUUCGUCAAUGGUAGGCCAUUACCAAACGCAGUGCGAUUGCGGAUCGUGGAAUUGUCCCAAGUAGGGAUACGGCCCUGUGAUAUCUCCAGACAACUCAGGGAGCUGAAACAAAAAGACCCCGGCAUCUUCGCCUGGGAGAUCCGCGACCGUCUCCUAUCCGACGCCGUCUGCGACAAAUACAACGUGCCCUCAGUCAGCUCCAUCAGCCGCAUCCUCCGCAACAAGAUCGGCACUCUCGGCCCGCCCGGCCACCCGCAGCAUCCCCACCCCCUCUACAACGCCAUCUACCCCUCUUACCCCUACCCGCAGCAGAAGCUGUCGCCACUGUCGCCAUCUUCACCGUCCCAGCGACACGGAACUGCCCACUGCUGGCCAAGCUCGCACUCAGUGAGUGAUAUCUUGGCGGGGGUUCAUGCGGCAGCGUUCAGGGGCGGCCAUGACCCGCCCCAGGGGCCGCCCGGGAUGGAUGCGGGGACACAGAACUACAACUAUUACAUGUACUUUCAGUCGGGGAACGGGGCGAUGCAUAUGGGGGCGCACCAUCCCUUCAACGGGGCGCAUAUUUGA